AUCAGCUUUAAUUUGUGCCAUGGUUGGUGGUAAGAUGUGAGGAAGUGUAAAUGUGUAAAUGUGCGAAUGAAGAGCAUUGCAGGGAUGCAUACAUUAUAAGGUGGCGCAGUGGCUUAUUUCCUAAGUAACAAUGAACAUGUGUGAAGGGUUCAAGGUCGCUGUUGUCUUUUGGUCUGAACAUGACAUCCUUCAACUUUCACUGCUGAAGACGCAAUCCUUUCUACCAUGCGAAUCCGUCUCGCUUUCGAAGAUCCGUUGCCACGAUACAAGUGUUGGUUCGAAGUUCCUAGUUCGUGUUCAACGAUCCGCGAUCUUCAAAAGGCGAUCAGGAAGGGCUUCAAGCUGGAUCAGUAUUGCAAAACAACCCGUCUGGACUUGGAUGGAUUCUUUCUUCUGCCGGCUUCAACAAUUGCUGGGCUUAUCAAGGACGAUGACCUUUUACAAGUGAGGAUCAGAAGAAAAUGUGAUAAUUUACCACCGCGUUCUUUGCCCGCUGCAGGUGGCAAGAAACGCUCAAUAGAGGAGGCGGAGUUACUUUAUCAAGAUUCAAAAACAGCAAAAAGAAGAGCGCACAUGGGGAAAGAAGUACCUACACGUAAAUCAUCGCAGAGUAUACGGCCGCGACCUGGACAGCCAAAUCAAAAACAAAAGCAGCAUACGGAAUUGAACAGGAAACCAUCAACACUUGUAAACUCUCAAGCGGUCAAUGAUAAGCAGGAAAAAAUUGAUGACCAACAACGAACACAGUCGGAUGAAGUAACUUUAUCCAUUAAGGGGAAUGAAGCGAAGAAACCAGCGACACCCUUCAACCAAAAGAAACCUGAAAAAACUAUUAACAGUUUGAACAACAAAAAAGUACAAAAUAUUUCUGCGAAACCCAAGAAUGGGACUUCCGAAGCAGACUCAAGUGCAUCGGAGGGCGAUGUUUCCGACGACACUGACAGUAAUAACACCGUGAAACCCCUUGUUAAGGUAGUCCCUGGAAGCGGAUCUAAGCAAACGAAGGCCAGGAAUGCACGUCGAAAGUUGCAAAAGGUUUUGGCGGCAUCGGCUCAAGCCACUACGAAUUCACAUAGUCUUCAUGAUGUCCAGAGCCAAGAUCGAGAGAGUAUACAAACGACAGUAUGCACACCUUCUCGACCAACAGUCAGCUCCAAUGUACAUACCCAGCCGUCGCCAAAGAUUGUCAUGACGACCGUUGAUCUGCAAGACCACGAUAUUAUCCAUAAAAAACAGAAAGCAACGACACCUAAAAAGAACGUUUCCUUUGGCAAGAAGGCUGCUGGCGAUGCACAUGGGAUGUCAGAUCCAGUACCAACACAAACCAUCUUAAAAUCGAAUACCCCUAACAAUGCCAGCUCCAUAAUGCCUGCAAAAGAAGACGAGGCAGAUUUAGAAUUACCAUUACGGAUUUAUGCGGAUCUUCCUAGACAAGAAGGUCCUCUAUGUAUUGGAGACAUCAUCGCAUAUAAGACGUUGGAGAUCGGUCCCUCAUACAAUCCAAUCAUCUCGGAAUUCAAGGAAGCAACAGUAAUUGGGCUUUCAGAGUCAGGGACAGUUGCCGAGGUGCAGCUAGAUCGCAGGUUUAGGGCCUCAUUUGAGGUGGAUGGUGAUGGCCAACCCAUCCUAGGCAAGUUCGAUGUCUAUGAUGAAGAUGCAGUAGAGCGCGCUAGACAGGGUAUUGCGUCUUUGGACGUCCUAAGCCUUGCAGAUUGCCGCCUCAUAUCUAGAAGCAAAGUGGAUUCUUAGGACGUCAUCUCUAUCUAUCUGAAAUAAAAGAAAAGGACAG